AUGUUUAUUAUUUGGUUUAUUUAUCAAUUCUGGAUAUUCAUUCAAGGAACUUCAUUAGCUUUAUCAUUUACUCGUGAUUUACGUAAUUUAACUAUUAUUUAUAAACCUAAUGCUUUCAUUUAUCAUAUUUGUCAAACAUCACAUUCAAUUAAUUCUAAACGUAUACGUUGGCAUUAUGAAUCUUUAAAUAAUUCAAAUAAUAAUAUAGAUACUUAUUGUAAACAAUUAUUUCAAAAUUUUGAUUGUUUUGAUUUUUAUUAUGGACCAUCAAUAAGUGUACUAGUUAUUAAAGAACCUGAUAUAUUUAUUGGAAAAUAUACAUGUCAAAUUAAUAUAAAUUCAACAUAUGAAAUAAAAUCUAUUGGUUGGAUUGAUAUUAAAUUACCUUCAAAUAAUAUUGAUGAAUAUGAUCAAUCAAUGAAAUUUUAUAAUGAAAAUGAAUUAGGCAACUUAGCUAUUCAUUAUAAUGUACCAUUUAUUUUUGAUGCAAAUGAUUUAACAUCAUUUGGUAAACGAAUACAAUUAGGUGGUGUAUUUUAUACAGAAUGUAAAUCAAUAGAAAGUUUAUAUCCAAUUAAUUUUUUAUGGAUACAUUUACAAAAUACAUCAGAAAGAAUGAAAACAAUACGUUUUAUUCAACAUGAUGGAAAUCACAUAAUUAUUAAAGAAAAUAAAUAUUUAAGUUCAUUGUUAAUAUCUUCAGUCGAUCAUUCUGAUAAUGGCGAUUAUGUUUGUAUAGCUUCAAAUGAAUUUGGUCGAUCAUUUUCUAGUAAACGUUCAUUAAUUGUUACCGAACGCAUGGUUUUACCACGGAUAUAUACUAAUCUUCAAAAUAAUAGUUAUAUAGAUCUUCGAUAUAAUGAUAUGAAAGAACUUGUUUGUAUUGCGAAUGGUUAUCCUAUUCCAGAUGUUACUUGGAUUCGAGUUUUUGAUUGGAUUCUUCUUGCACGAAACCAAUCACAUGCUAUUCUUAAAUUUGAUGAUAUAAUGCAUGGUGUAAAUAAAUAUAUGUGUGAAGCAAAAAAUAAGCAUGGUUUGACAAAGAUUUUUAUUGAUAUUAUUAAAUCAGAUACUCAAAUAAAACUAUUAUUAUAUUAUAGUAAUAUAAAAAGUCGAAGUAUUAUAUUAAGUUGGUAUGUAUCAAAUGAACGUUAUGAUCGUUUUAAUUAUUUCAUUAUUUAUUAUCGUCGUUUACAUAAUUUGUAUAAAAUUAUAAAUGAUCAAGAUGAAAUGAUUAAUAAUCAAGAUUAUCAAAAAGUUCUGAUUGAUCCACGUACUACAAAUUAUAAUUUUACAUUCCAAAUGAUCGAUCUUAUUCCAUUUACAAAAUAUGAAUUUCGACUACAAGGUUUAAUCGGUGAUGUGCCAACAGAUUAUUCUAAUCCAGUCUUUAUUAUAACACUUGAUAUUGUACCACAGAAAAUUGAAAAUCUGCAUGGUUAUGUGUGGAAUGAAACAUCAGUUGUUGUUCAUUGGACACCACCUAAUUCAACAAAUGGACCUAACUUUUAUUACAUUCUUUACUAUACAACGAAUACGUCCAUUCCAUUUUCUCAAUGGUCUGAUGUUAUCAUUCGCACAUAUCCAUUUCAUAUUAUUUCAUUGCCAAUAUCAUCUAAUUUUCAACUAUUUAUUCGUGUUGCUAGUGUCAAUAUAAAAGGUUUAAUAUUAAGUGAUUUUCAUAUAAUUAAUAAUAGUUUAUCAAAUAAUCGUUUCAUAUCAACAAUUAAUAAAUUUCAAUGUUUUUCAAAUAAUGAAAAUCAAUUAUUAACUCUUCAAUGGUCUAUUGAUCAUAAAUCUCAUCUAUAUAUUGAAAAAUAUCUUCUUUAUUAUUCGGAUCUAGCACAAAAUAAUGAUGAUUUUAUUCAAUUGUUAAUAAUACCCAUUGAUUUACUUUCCAUUGAUCGUCAAUCAACAUAUAACUUAUUGAAGUAUGAAUUUAAUAUGUCUUUGUUAAAUUUAAAUUAUAAUCAAUAUCAUAUUUUACGUUUACACUUAUCGAUUAUUGACGCAAAUCAAAAUCAAUUACUUAUAACACUUUCACCUAUUUACUGUAUAUUGACAAGAAAAUUGGGUAAGAAUAACACAAUUUUUUCUCUGUCAGAAAUCGUGAUCGAUUGA